AUGGCUCAACCACACAAGAUCUUCUACAAGGGUAAAGAAAACGAUUUCGUGAUCUUCACGGAAAACCCAGAGGAAAUCAAGAAGUAUAGGAGCGGAGACAAGACGGUUCCAUUGAUUGACAUUGUGUCGAUCUACAAGGUUUUCAUCAACAGACAAGGUGGAGUUGAAGGAGUGCUAGAUGAGGCUUCCAAGGCUGAGUUGCACAAUGAGUUUGGACCUAAGGCCAACGUCGACGACGUGAUCAAGCUCAUUUUGGAAGAAGGUAGCGACAAGCAUGAUGCCGGACGUUUCGCUAGUGGUGUUAGAGAGAUUUAG